CACACUCUCCCCACUAUACCAGUGAGUGAGAGAGAGAGAGAACUUUCUCUCACUUCCCCACACACGAAAAUGCGCCCUCUCCAAACCCACCACCACCUCUUCCCCUUCCCCUUCCUCCCUCCUAAACCCCUCCCAAAACCCUACUACGCCUCUCAAAACUCUAACCCCAAACCCUUCCCCAAACCCCUCCUCCAAAACCUCUCCCCCAAACCCCUCCUAGCUGCCAACGUCUUCGCCGGCGAAGGCGAAACCCCCGUCGACGAGUCCUUCCUCGAGGAGUUCGCCCCCCAGAACACCGAGCCCGAGGACGAAGCCCGCCGCCGCAACUGGAUCGAGCGGGGCUGGGCCCCGUGGGACGAAAUCCUGUCCUACGAGGCCAAGUUCGCCCGAACAUCCAUCAACGAGGGGGAAGAAGUCCCCCUCCAGAACCCCGAUUCCGUCGAGGCUUUCAAAAUGAUGAGCCCUAAAUACAGGAGGUCGAAGAUGAAGGAAAUGGGUUUGACAGAGGAUGAGUUCUACGAGAAGCAGUUUGAGCUUAAGGGGGAGAUUCCAGAACCGUUGAAGACAUCAUGGACGGGGCCGUUGGUGGUUCGUCACGUGCCGCCUAGGGAUUGGCCGCCGCGGGGGUGGGAGGUGGAUAGGGAGGAGUUGGAGUUUAUAAGGGGAGCGCAUAAGUUGCAGGCGGUUAGGGUUGAUUUGGAGAAGGUGGAGGAGGAGGCAAGUACAGAUACGGAUGAGUUGUGUUUGGAGAGGUAUAAGGUGUUUUUAAAGCAGUAUAAUGAGUGGGUUGUGGCGAAUAAGGACAGAUUGGAAAAGGAGUCCUACAAGUACGACCAGGAUUACUAUCCUGGUAGGAGAAAAAGAGGCAAGGACUACGAAGAAGGCAUGUAUGAACUCCCCUUCUAUUAUCCUGGACAAAUUUGUGCAGGAAAAGUGACAACUUUACACCUUCAUCAAGGAGCAUUUGUUGACAUUGGAGGAGUCCAUGAUGGGUGGGUCCCUAUAAGACGUAAUGACUGGUACUGGCUCCGCCAUCACAUAAAAGUCGGUAUGUUCGUCAUUGUUGAGAUUCUGGCAAAACGCGACCCAUAUCGGUUCCGGUUUCCUAUUGAGAUGCGUUUUGUUGAUCCUAAUGUAGAUCACUUGAUAUUUCACAAGUUUGAAUUCCCACCAAUAUUUCAUCGUGAAGAUGAUACUAAUCUAGAUGAACUACGGCGUGACAGUGGAAGACCUCCCAUUCCUGUAAAAGAUCCUGGAAUCAAAGUGGAAGAAGAGCCUUUAAAGUCAAACCAUCCCUAUGUUGAAAAGUUAUGGCAGAUCCACAAUGCUGAGCAAAUGAUUAUGGAUGAUAUGGAGCUUAAUCCUGAUAAGUAUAAGGAUCAAAAAUUAACAGAAUUAACUGAUGAUGAAGAUUUUGACGAGGAAAAUAGUGUUGAAUACACUAAAGCAUAUCACAAGAAAGCUUUACUGCCAAAAAUGAUUCUGAAAAUAAGCGUUAAAGAACUUGAUUUGGAAGCUGCACUUGAAGAGCGUAAGUUCCAUAAUAAACUAAGAGAGGAAGCAAAAGAAAGGGGGGAGAAGUACAGAGUUACCAAGCUGAGACGAAAUAUUGAAAUGGAUGAGUAUGACUUCGUCCAUUGGCGUAGGUCACUUGAGGAAAGAGAGGCUCUGAUCAGAGAUAAUAGCAGUCGUCAAGCGCUUGGGCUUCCAUUGGAAGAGCCUGGGAGGUUUGUGGAUCCCAGUUUUUUUGGGAGUUUUGGGAGAGACGAAUAUGAUCCGUCAAACCCUGUAUAUCGGUACGACUACUGGGGUGAACCCAAGAACACAGAAAAGAGCCGGCAAAAGCGGUUGGCGGAUGCCUACACCAAGUCCGUCGUGGGGAAGGGCAAGGUUUGGUAUCGAAUGUCUGUUGAAGAUUUCGCCAAGCAACAAAGGCUGUGGGAAGCCCAAUCAAAAGGAAAAGUGACGCAGGAAGAGGAUGAUGGUGAAGAGAGUGAUCAGGAUGACGAGGAUGAGUAUGAGGAUGAUGACUAUCUUUAUAGCAUUUUAUCUGACCCAAAAACGAGCAUUCCAGAUCAGCCUAUUGUCGUUAAUGGGACUGAAUCUACAAUAUUCAUUGACAAUAGAAUGUAUGACAAUUAGUUGUGUAGUGCUGUUAUUGUUGUUGUUUGUACAGUACCCCUUCGCGAGGGAAACAACAUGGGACAAAUACGGCGGAAAUCACCCAUUUUUGUUGAGGUCCAUGUGUGACGUGUCCUAAUGUAUUAGUGCAGCAUAAAACAAGUAAUAGGAUGACUUGUAUUUCCGAA